UUAACCGCUAGAUGGUUGCAAAGAAAUUUUACGCCUUAUCAACAAUGUCGCAUGCAUAUACGAGAAGUUUUGUUCGGAACACAAUUUCGUCUGAGUUGUACUUUUUUGCUUCGGUUUUGUAAAUCUGCCGUAUUACCGAUGAGAUUAAUUAUACAAUGCAGUACACGUGGUACACGUUACAAGCGAUUUAAAUAUUUAACACAGUAUAUUCUUACAGAUUCGAUAAUAAUAGUUACGUUAAGAAACUCCGGUAUUUCAUUACAAAAAAUAUACUUCAAUCUUCUCCAAAAUUGUAUAAAAAUAAUUAUUUCCACCAUAUGCAUAUAUAAAUCUCUUCUAUCAACGAUGAAACUGAUUCACCCUACAAGUUGUUACAGGUUAUCGAGUACAUUUGAGUAGGUGGAAAGAACAAAUCUAAUUGAUUUCGCUUGUACGUAUGUAUGUACACACCCUAUAACGUAACUAUAAAUAUAUACGUACAACAGCAGCCAUAUAUGUUAUGUAAGUGAUGAUUUAAUUAUACGUGUUACCAAUUAUUUACGAAAAACACCGCAGAUCAAUGCAUUGUUGUUGGUCGUCGUUUAAGUAAAUCCUACAAUAUUGUAUGUACAUAUUCGUAGAAUAGUGCGUGAGCGGGUUCAAAACAAAUUGUGCAAUAGAUAUUAAAGGUAUCGAUAAGAGUCGCUGAGAUAUUCAUUCAUCAUAUAAAUAUUUGAAUGAUAAUGCAAAUGAUGAAAGACACGGAUUAUCGUUUAAAUGUGAUUCGGUAUAACGGUAGAAAUCUUACGCUCAGGAGGAGCGGAAAAGUAGCUCAAAAGUGACUGGGGAUAAGAAGUUCUUGUCGUGCCCAUUUAAUAUCUUUCAGUCGCGAGCGUGCGUUUAGUAUGACAAUUCGUCCGUCCCGCGGAACACAUAAAUUCGCUGGUUUCGAAAUCGAGACAGGAUCAGUGUCAAAAGAUGAUGCUACUCGGCUCUAUUUUCCUUCUAAUCGCAAGUGUUCUCAUGUAUCGGAAACCCGAAGAAAGUUGGCCACUUUCUUUAGUUAAGCUUCUCCACCAUAUGAAGUUCGACUACUUAGGCUUCAAAGAAGUUCUACUUGACUGGAUCAAUAGAAAACACAAUAAGAAUGAUUGUCCACUGCAGACUGGCAGAAUUGCUAUUGUAACAGGAGGCUCUAGAGGAAUUGGUGUUGAGAUAGUUAAAAUGCUUCUAGAACUUGAUAUGGAAGUAAUAAUUGCUUGCAGAACACCUAGUGCUGGUGAGGAGGUCAUUCAACAAAUUAGGCAGUCUGGUGUUAAAAAUGGAAAGGCAAAAGUCUACAGAAUUGAUAAUGCCUCUUUGGAGUCUGUAAAACAGUUUGCAGCACAAAUAAAAAAAGACUAUACAGAAAUUCAUGUCCUGAUCAAUAAUGCUGGUAUCAUGUUUACUCCAUAUUCGGAGACUGCAGAAGGCUUUGAAGUGCAGUGGGGUGUGAAUUAUUUGUCACACUUUUUACUAACCAUUCUUCUAUUACCAUUAUUGAAAGCUGGCGGUGUCAAAAGUUCACAACAGUCCAGUAGAAUCGUUAAUGUUAGCUCUUGUGCUCAUCUCCUGGGUAAAAUUAACUUCAAAGAUAUCAAUAAUAAGCAUCGAUUUAUUACUAUGAGUGCAUAUGGUCAAAGUAAGUUAGCACAGGUGGUAUCUACUAAAAAGUUGCAAAAGCUAGUCAAAGAAGCAGGCUAUAAUAUAAACGUGUAUUCGGUACAUCCGGGUAUAGUGUGUACAGACCUUUUCGUACAUUCUUUCAUUUAUAAAUACAAACUACUAUUACCAUUUAUUUUUAAGAGUCCAAGACAAGGAGCUACAUCCAUUGUGUAUGCAGCUGUGAAUAAAGCAAUUGAAAAUAACGGCGGUAUGUAUAUCAGUAACUGUCUUCCUAGUCCUGAACAUCCAGAUGCUUUGGAUACAUCUAUUCAGGACAAGUUACUUGACUUGUCACUUCAACAAGUACAACAUAAAAAUAUAUUUGAGUAUAUGUAAUAACGUUACAAAUAACUAUUAACUACUUUUAAAAUUGAACACUGUAUUUAAUUAUUAUUUAUUACAAAAUAAAUGGAUAAUUCAAUUUUAAGUUAA